ACGCCCACCAAAACGUGCAGUGCAUCUGCAAAAAUAUAGCUGAAGAGGGUGGAACACAGAGAGAAAGCGAGUUAGCAAUGGAUCUAUCAGACUACGGUGUAAGAUGUUUCUCACGUUACGUACUCCUGAAACGAGCUUUUUUCUCGACUUUUGCAGGGGUAUCCGGCGCUUGUGGUUGCACUGCUAGCCGCUGUGGGCGUAUCUCUAGCCGUUAGCUACCUCUCCAAGAAAGGAAGCGAUGAAAAAUCCAAAGGUCCACCUGCACCAAAACCUAAAAAGGGUCCAGUUGCGCUCGUGCCGCAAAAGAAAGCUGCCUACAAGAUGACCGAGAAGGAGAUUAUUAGUCACGGCACGCGAAGGUUCACCUUUGAACUUCCGUCACCUCAACACGUCCUCGGACUGCCUGUUGGUAAUCACAUGUACCUGAGUGCCACAAUAGAUGGUAAGUUGGUAUCUCGCCCGUACACUCCGGUCACCUCCGACGACGAACAAGGAUACUUUCAACUUAUCAUCAAAGUCUAUUUUGCUAAUGUCCACCCGAAAUUUCCAGAAGGUGGGAAAAUGUCUCAGUAUCUUGACUCACUCAAGGUUGGUGAUACUAUAGACAUUACUGGUCCGGCCGGUAAGGUGAUCUAUUUGGGGCGUGGCUACAUCCGCGUCAAGUAUCCAGGGAAACCGGAGCAGAUAAGAUUUGCGACUGAUAUCGGACUAAUCGCUGGAGGAACAGGCAUCACUCCAAUGCUCCAGAUCAUAAAGGCCAUCCUCAAGGAUCCGUCUGACACCACACGAGUCUCCCUCCUCUUUGCCAACCAGUUGGAGAACGACAUCCUUGUGAGGGAGGAGCUGGAGGAGAUGGCGGAGAAACACGACCAGUUCUCUCUUUGGUACACUCUGGACAGACCACCCGAGAAUUGGUCAUAUGGUUCAGGGUUUGUUAGUGGGGAAAUGAUUUCCACCCACCUCCCUCCUCCUGGACCGACCUCUCAGAUCCUCAUGUGUGGACCUCCACCCAUGAUCAAGUUUGCCUGUCUCCCCAACAUAGAGAAACUGGGCUUUAGUGAAGACAUGUAUGUCCCCUUCUAAGACAAAGGGGCUGUUUUCUGCAUAUAAUUAUUAUAAUGCUAUUUUCGGGUAUAAU